AUGUUGAGUCCUUAUGGUCCUCAUGGGGUGAGGACUGAUGGUUCUGUCCUGUGUCCAGGCGUCCUCCAUGGGGUUGUGUCCCUGAGGUUGUACCAUCAACAGAACCAGGACCGGACCUGGUCUGAGGCUGUGUCCGACUGUGCCGCCCUGAACCUGACUCUGGCCUCGAUCCGGACCUCAGACCAGAACUCUGCAGCCAGACCGGACUCGGGGAAGGUCUGGACCGGUCUGAGCCGGGUAUGGGACUGGACGGGGGCGGGGCCUGCUGAGCCGAUCUCAGCCAAUGAGGAGUGGUUUGAGCAAUGGGCACCAGAUGAGCCCUGGGACAAGAAGAACUGUACCGCCCUCCGCACCAGCGACGGACUCUGGGUCUCUAAGGACUGUACCGAGACCCUGAGGGCCAGCUGCUAUAGAGGGGAGGAGGUCUGGAUCGGGCUGUACCUGCGGUGGCUUUGGGUGGAUGGGUCCUGGGUCCGGUGGUCUGGGUGGGACCAGGACCCUCUGGACUCGGAUAAAGGCUGCAUGGUUCUGGAUCACAGCGGGAAGUGGGACCAGGAGAAAUGUGAACAACGGUUCCCUUUCAUCUGUCACCAAGGUCCAGUCUGUGAAACCUUCUGA